UGUCAAGGAGACGGAUUCGGCGAAACCACGUUCGCGGAGACGCAACGCUAUCUCUUCCUCUUCGCUUUGCGCCGCCCGUAUCUUCUUCCCCAAAUCUAGGCGUCUUUUCCUAUUUAUACGCCUUCCCGUUUCGUCGGAGCUUCUCGAGCACCUUCUGUUCCAACCACCUGAACGAAAGAGAGGUCCGUUUUUCUCAUCGAAAGUUGGGGGUUUGUUUUGUCUCUCUGUUUUGUGUUUCCUUGCGUCGUCGCCUUCGAUCAUCCUUCGGAGAUCGAAUCAAGAUUAGCAAUCGAGAAAGAGAAGUCGACUCGAUUUUUGAGUUGUCGUCGACGAAAAUAUAGGGCUGGGCUGUCAGCCAAGGGGAUUUGACAGCCAGCCCUUUCUCUUACCCCCAAAGCUCCUAUUUCUCAGUUUGACUUCGCUUCCUGUCCAUGUUCAUCGUGCUCAAUUCAAUUCAAUUCCAACGCGUAACCGAGUAGGCGGCCGCGUCCUUAUCCUGCAAAAGGAGCUCCUUUUUAAUACCCGCAAGGCCCAGAAGUUUGAGCAACUCUUCUUCUUCUUCAUUGAUACAGUUGCGAUGGCUUCCUUCUCGGGUCUUCUGCACAGGCCCCUCUCUGCAGCCGCCGUAGUCGCCAUCACCGCAGUCUCAUCUACUCUCCCUGAGCAUGUAUCCUCUCCGUCACAGCCCGCUGACUCUGUUGCCGCCGCCUCCGCACCUCAUCCUCUCUCAUUCUUGCCUGUGGACAAGAUCAAGCCUUUAUCUCAUGUGCCUGCUUCAGUCUUUGGUUCCUCAGCUUUCCGCAUUGCCUCCCCCGCUGCCCUCUUCACCCCUUAUCAGUACGCUAAGCUAAGUGACCCUCGGAAAAAUGUCGAAUUGCCGCAGCCGGCGAUUGCAUCUUCGCAAUCUGACGUGUUGUACCGGUGGCAUUUGCCGCAUCCGAAUGCUUAUGAUAUCCAUGGAACAGAUUCAAACUCAAAAGCCAAGUCUCAGACGGUUGUGGUACUGCUCGGGUGGCUCGGAGCAAGGCAGAAACACCUUAAGAGAUAUGCAGAAUGGUACACCUCGAGAGGGUACCAUGUAGUGACAUUCACAUUCCCUAUGGCUGAUGUGGUUAGCUACAAGGUUGGCGGGAAGGUCGAAAGGGAUGUCGAGUCAUUGGCUGAGCAUUUGGUGGAUUGGGCGUCGGAAGAGAAGGGGAAGAACUUGGUCUUCCACACUUUCAGUAACACAGGAUGGUUGACAUAUGGAGUACUGCUCGAGAAGUUUAGGGAGCAGGAUUCUUCUGCCAUUGGCAAGAUCAAAGGUUGCAUUGUGGAUUCAGCUCCUGUUGCGGCGCCCGAUCCUCAGGUUUGGGCUUCAGGUUUUUCUGCUGCUCUUCUCAAAAAGCAAAGUGUGGCAACAAAGGGCAAUGCAAGACCGGGGCUAAACGUGGUGGACUCUGAAAAUCUAUAUGCCGGUCCCAAACCGGCAGUCACCGAGAGCGCCUUGUUAGUUGUCUUGGAGAAGUUCUUCAAAGUCGUCUUGAACUUGCCUACUAUCAACAGGAGGCUGUCUGAUGUCUUGGAGCUACUGACUUCAGAGCAACCGAAGUGCCCUCAACUGUACAUAUACAGCUCGGCUGACCAAGUUAUUCCGGCAAAGUCAGUCGAGUCGUUCAUAGAAAGACAAAGGAGAGCUGGUCAUGAGGUCAGAGCAUGUGAUUUCUUGUCAUCACCUCACGUGGAUCACUUCAGAAACCACCCAGCUCUUUACGAUACUCAACUUGCUAGCUUUCUGGAUGACUGUGUUCUUUGCAACCAAAACUCAUGUUGCAAAGACACUUCAUGAGAUUUUUUUUUUUCCAUCUACAUUGAUGUCAUUCUUUUAUCUGGCUGUUAUUUUACUAGUGCCAUGAAUAUAGGUUUCUCUUUAUUGUCUUAAAACUGUAAUGACUGCAAAGGCAUAUACAGAAAAGUAAUUGACCAUACAAUAGACCUAUUUGUUGGCAUA